UGCAGCCAUGUGACGCUGUUGUCCAUCCACACAGAUUUAAGGAAAACCUGCAAAGUUUCUCUCAGUCCAGGAAACAGAAAGAUUUAUUCUCCUCUUGAGUCGACUUUUUAAGGAUCUUCGGCGAUGGAUAAAUUAAAGUCAGUUCUAAGUGGUGAGGAGGCACGGAGAGAUGACAGAACCAUCUUAGAGACAGUGAACGAUGCCUCUACUUUAGGCUGGGGGACUCGUCUGAAGGGCUUCGUCGCCUGUUUUGUGGUGGGAGCUGCUUGUACGGUCCUGGGAGUCUGUGUGUUGUUCAUCCCCAGGAUCGGUCUCACUCUCUUCAUCGUCUUUUACACUUUUGGAAACAUUUGUGCUCUGUGCAGCACAAUGUUUCUGAUGGGCCCAGUGAAGCAGCUGAAAAGGAUGUGUGACAAAACAAGAGCGCUGGCCACCACAAUUAUGCUUACUUGUCUCGUGUUGACUCUCUGUGCAGCUUUCUGGUGGAAGAACUUUGGACUUGCUUUGUUAUUUGUCAUCUUGCAGGUCUUGUCAUUUUCCUGGUACAGUCUGUCGUACAUCCCCUGUGUGAGGGAGGCGAUCAUGCGGAUGGUGGCGGUCUGCAUGAAAUGAGCCCAGAGUUUGAGAUGAAGUUUGAGGCUGGAUGAAGUGUUUUUAAAAGAAAGAGGCAGUUCUCUUACUGAAGUCACUGAAACAGCUUCUGUGUGGUUUUACUCCAGAGAGUCUAUGACUCUUCUUCUGCACAACUGUCCUGUUUAUAGGUGAAAAAGAUUAAUUUUACCUCCAGUGAUGUUUACUGGUUUAAGCUUCAUUAAUUGAGCUGAUUGAUUUUUGGUUCUGAAUCUACUGAUCACUUCAGUUUAAGCCAGUUUGAAUGAUUGUGGGCUUUGUUUGUAAUAUGUGUAAAUAUCUGCAAUAAAAUGACAUUUUAAAGGUUUUGU